CGGUGGAGGAGGAAGAGGAGGGGGCCGCCGCCAUCAUGGCGGGGCUGAGCCGCACGCUGGGCAUCUUCGGUGGCUUCGUGGCCGUGGUGGGGGCGGCCCUGUACCCCAUCUACUUCAGGCCGCUGCUACUGCCGGACGAGUACAAGAAAGAACAGUCAAUAAACCGAGCUGGUAUUGUUCAAGAGGAUAUUCAGCCUCCAGGGUUAAAAGUGUGGUCUGAUCCCUUUGGAAGAAAGUAAUGUCGCUGGCUGGGUGCAUUGCAAGGCAGAACUGAAGACGUUUCUUCAAGAACUUCAGCUGUUUCUUCUUACACUGAAGUGUGCCUGUGGGUGUCGCUGGAGAAGAAUUCUGAAUAUGCUGUGUGGGCGCAUGUGGAGCAACGAACGCUACUGGCUGGAAUGCCAAGAGGAAAAAAAAAUGCUAGAUUUGAUAGACGGUGCUUUGGUAACAAUGCACAGAUUGUUAGAGUGCUGAAGGAUUAAGUUUAGAAGUGAAAUAUUUAUUUCCUUGAGAAAAGGGAAGAAGAAUUAUUUUUGUGGUUAAUCUGUAAACACUUCUAGAAAAAAAUAUGAAUUGACUAAAUCAUGCAGACCACUGCAGUUUCCUCCCUAGUUUGAGAAUUACUUUUUGUGGUUUUAUGAAAACAUGGUAGAAGUUUAUACUGAGAGAGACCACUGCAGAUUUGUGCUCUCUUAUGCAAAAUAUAACACGGUGAGUGUGAAUUUGUACAUUAAAAUUUCUUCCUUUCAAACCAA